AUGAUUGUGGACUACAGGAAAAAGAGGAACGAGCAUGCCACCAUUUUCAUCGACUGGGCUGCAGUGGAGCAGUACCCCCAGUACCCCCAGUACCCCCAGUACCCCCAGCCUCAUCCCCCACCCCAGUACCCCCAGUACCCCCAGUACCCCCAGUACCCCCAGCCUCUUCCCCCACCCCAGUACCCCCAGCCUCAUCCCCACUCCCCCAGUACCCCCAGCCUCAUCCCCACUCCCCAGUACCCCCAGUACCCCCAGUACCCCCAGCCUCAUCCCCCACCCCAGUACCCCCAGCCUCAUCCCCACUCCCCCAGUACCCCCAGCCUCAUCCCCACUCCCCCAGUACCCCCAGCCUCAUCCCCACUCCCCCAGUACCCCCAGCCACAUCCCCCACCCCAGUACCCCCAGCCACAUCCCCCACCCCAGUACCCCCAGCCUCAUCCCCACUCCCCCAGUACCCCCAGCCUCAUCCCCACUCCCCCAGUACCCCCAGCCACAUCCCCCACCCCAGUACCCCAGCUACUCCCCCAGUACCCCCAGCCACACUCCUACUCCCCCAGUACCCCCAGCCACACUCCUACUCCCCCAGUACCAGCUACACUCCUACUCCCCCAGUACCCCCAGCUACACUCCUACUCCCCCAGUACCCCCAGCUACACUCCUACUCGCCCAGUACCCCCAGCUACACUCCCACUCCCCCAGUACCCCCAGCUACACUCCUACUCCCCCAGUACCCCCAGCCACACCCCUACUCCCCCAGUACCCCCAGCUACAUCCCUAAUCCCCCAGUACCCCUAG